GUGAACGGGCUUUCAACAGUGAAUGCGAGCCUCUGCCAGUCACGUCGCCGCAAACGAUGUGCAGUUCGGGCCCAUCUCAAUCUCCGACGAGGAUGUUGAGAUGCCAAUAACUGUUAGGUCUGUAAGCCCUAAUUCCUUGAGCCCUGAGUCGACUGGCCACUGUCUGUCGACUAACUAUAUGCCCUAAGGAAUUCGUCGCUGAUGACAUCACUGUUAGGAAUCGAUUCCGGUGUACAAAGUACGCAAGUAAAGGCCUUCAUUGGGCGUAGUUACCCUGGGCCUUUCUGUUGACCGAUCUGUCUGUAACGGUUAUCAGGUUAGUUACAGCAAGACGGGAGUAACCCAAGGUUCUGGCAAUGUGGGCAGGGAUGGAUCCGAUCUGUAUCAUACCCAGGGCCCGCCCGCGGUUUUCGGGUGUCAGUCGUGGCAUUUCUGUCGUGGGUUUUGUAUCAGUGUGAGUUUCUGACAUGCUAUCCGUAUCACGUAUAUACCCUUAUAGCACGUGUAGUUCCGGUUGCCCAAGCGACAGGUGUUUUUCAUUUUUUCUUAUUCUUAUUUUCGAAAGAAACUGUCUCGCGGGCGUGUAUCGCUUUCUGCAUUGAGCAAUGUUAUGUUUGGGCGAUGUGUUUGUCAUUUGAUUUAGAUUAAACAUGUGAUUUUAUAUUUUUUGUAAUUUAAUUUUUUUAAGUGGUACAGUUUCUUUUGGCCGUCAGUAUAUUUCAGUGUCAAGUAUUUAUGACAGAUUCAGCAAGUAAUAAUGCUAUCAACUUUCCUCAUCGCAGAAUGUUUUAAGGACGUCCUAAUCAAUAUCAGAGAUGAGCUACGUCAGGUGAUCGGACCCUUUCAAACUUCGAUUUUAUGCUCUACUUUCUUCAGCUUCGUCCUGGAAGUAACAUUGUCGGGGUUUGCUGUUUUAUACUCAGUCCGGCGUAUUUGACUUAGCCAAACAGAAUGAAGGGACCUUUAUGUGGCAAUGUGGAGGGACUAGUAUUCAUUGGUCUGUGUCUGACACACAUAGUAGCGUCAUUACCCCCUCCAGAGCUACACAGCACAGACGUGUGUGGGGUGGCGUGUGACCAGAUAGCCAGAUGCUGUUCAAUACACCAAGAUCCGCACAGUAUCCUGACCAGAAUCAACAACUCACCAGCUUCUGAGACCUUUCCCAUGUCGGGCAAGUGGUCCGAGAUCAUGCAUAACUCAUGUGCAACGUUCUCCCUGGUGCUAGACAAGGCUUCCCGGAUCCUUCAAUGUGCGAAAUCAUCUGAACAUGCACGCCCUGGCCAUGCUGCCCGGAUGUCACGUGUUCUGAUCGCACCUGUUCUCGACGGCAAUUCCACCGAUGGUAACCUCUACCAGCUUCACCUCAACGACUUCACAACGACCAAGGACCAUGGUUUCAGCAUCGCCGUCAGGGACAUGGUGUACGUGUCGUCACUGAGGAUGCUGCUAGUAUCCACACACACGGCACUCCUGUCCCGCUUAAUAGACGAAUACACAAUCAUGCUUCACCUCCACCUGCCCGGCAUACGAUCCAUGGCGUUAGAUCAGGACCGACAACUAUUGUUUAUAAUUCGACAACAAAAUGCAAAUUACUCCGUGGCCCGUGUUUCUGUUGAAGGUAAGCAAGUCAAAUCAAUCCUGGAGGGAUACAAAAUGACCUCCUUGGUUAUUAAUUCCUCCCAAAGACGCUUCUUCUUCACGGUCGGGCUGAUGAUAAAGUCUUCUGAUUAUGAAGGACGGAAUUUACAAACUGUACUGAAAUAUAUCGGCCCGAGUCACGGAUUAACCUUCGACCCAGCCGAGGAGAGCCUGUAUUAUACCGUUACCUACACGUUUCUAACACAUACAUCUUUGUAUAAAUUGUCUUUGGUUUCGAACAAGAAGACUAAAAUUAUGAUUUUGGUCUCCCCUAUGAUCAGCCUUCUGUUCUAUGAGGAGACGCGAGCAGUCUACACACACAGUGGGAAGGGGGAUAUAUAUUUGAUUGACUUUAAAGCUGUACGAAAGGUAAGUGAAGUGAAGGUUCGAAUCUUUGAGGAAUCUGUCAGUAUGAUCAUGUGUUUAGUUCACUGAGUAAAGGGGGCACGGGUGGCCCAGUCGUCUAAGGCGCUGCAAUUCACUAUGUAGAGUUGCGUCCCUUGAUUGUGGGUUUGAAUCCCAUUUAUCCCCGAUUAUGUUUCUAGGUUUGUCACCACCUUCCCCGCGCUCGUGGGCUUCGCCAAAGUAGUAGACGUCUGAGACCUGCGUCACUUCGGGCUUUCCUCCAACAUUAAGCUGACACGCCGCGAUAUAACUGGAAUACUGUUCAAAGCGGCGUUAAACCCAACUCCCACACUCACCCACUGAGUAAACCUAUUUUUAUUUAUGUUUUAGUCCAAGCGUAACCUGGUGGCUAAAGCAUUCCCUUAUAACCAGGCGCGAGGUUGUACAUGGGGACAGUGUUGGAGGUCCUUUCCAUGAUCUUAUGUGUUGUCUUAUGUUAUUGGAAUAGUUAAAACGAUUUACCAAUGUAAGCAUUCUUGUCAUUAAA